AUGUCCUUCUCAUCCUGCUUUCCAACUGUCUCUGGCUUCAACCUUGGAACCUUCUCAAGCUCCAACCCUCCAGCUCUCGAAGAGCAACUUCUCCAAAAAUCCAAGUUUGUGGAGCGAAAUGCACCUAACGUAUCAGCUGCGGAGCUUAAUUUCCUCAACGGAAACUUCGGAACCAUCUCAGCAUCUGCUCAAUUGGAGGUACUUGACCACAAAAUCAAAAUCUGGAAGAAGCUGGAGCACAUCGCCAUUGCAGAGCUCAAUCUCGCAAACUUAAAUCUUAUCAAUGAAGUGAGAGCCAACACAGGAAGAGGCUUCGAAGGGCUCACUGUAUUAAUGAAGCAGCAAGUGGCUCUAGCGGAAAAAAGCCUGCAGAUUGUGGAGCAAAACUUGCUCGUUGCAGUUAUCGACAGACAACUCGUGGAGCUCACGAUGAAGAUGCAAAUGCUUUAA